ACUUUAGCGGCCAUGAAUUCGAUGCACCGGUAAUGACUCAUGUUGGUAUUGCGCACACUCGCUGGGCUACUCAUGGUGUUCCUUGUGAGACGAACUCCCAUCCUCAACGCUCCGACGAAGGCAAUAGUUUCGUUGUUGUUCACAACGGUAUAGUUACUAACUAUAAGGAUGUAAAAACCUUUUUAGAGAAACGAGGCUACGUUUUCGAAUCAGAUACAGAUACAGAAGUUAUUGCAAAGUUAGUACACCAUUUGUGGAAAAAACAUCCAGGUUAUUCUUUCCGGGAACUCGUGGAGCAAGUUAUUCAACAACUGGAAGGAGCAUUUGCUAUAGCAAUUAAGUCAAAACACUUUCCUGGGGAGUGCGUAGCUUCCAGACGGGGUUCGCCCCUACUUGUCGGUAUAAAAACGAAGACGCGAUUAUCCACUGAUCAUAUCCCAAUUUUAUAUGGAAAAGAUGAUAAAUCACCACAAACUUGUGAAAAAGAACAUCGUCCUCAUGGACAAACUCGUGAUUUGUCAGUGUUGCCACGUAAUGAAAGCACCUCUGAAUUUAUGCCAUUGGAAGGGAAAGAGGUCGAGUACUUUUUCGCAUCGGACGCUUCAGCUGUCAUCGAGCACACAAAUCGUGUCAUUUAUUUGGAGGAUGAUGAUGUGGCCGCUGUUCGAGACGGUGCACUAAGUAUCCAUCGUCUCAAGAAAUGUCUAGAUGACCCGCAUGCGCGUGAAAUAACCACGUUAAAAAUGGAAAUUCAGCAGAUAAUGAAGGGUAACUACGCUUACUUCAUGCUGAAAGAGAUUUUCGAACAACCGGAGUCCGUGGUCAACACUAUGCGCGGUCGUGUGAGAUUUGAUACGAAGACAGUGGUACUAGGCGGUAUUAAAGACUUUAUACCAGAAAUCAAGCGCUGUCGACGAUUGAUGUUAAUUGGUUGUGGUACAUCAUACCACAGCGCUGUAGCCACGCGGCAGUUAUUGGAAGAGCUCACAGAGUUGCCAGUAAUGGUGGAGCUGGCGUCCGAUUUCCUAGACCGCAAUACACCAAUUUUCCGUGACGAUGUUUGUUUCUUUAUCUCCCAGUCUGGAGAGACAGCCGACUCCCUAAUGGCCUUAAGAUACUGCAAGCAGCGAGGUGCUCUUAUUGUUGGAAUAACAAAUACUGUUGGUAGUAGUAUAUGUCGUGAAUCUCAUUGUGGUGUACAUAUCAAUGCUGGACCUGAAAUCGGAGUCGCGUCCACGAAAGCUUAUACGUCACAGUUCAUCUCUUUAGUUAUGUUCGCUCUUGUCAUGUCAGAAGAUCGGUUGUCGUUGCAGCAACGCCGUUUAGAAAUUAUUCAAGCAUUAUUCAAACUACCAGACCAAAUAAGACUGGUCUUAAAACUUGAUAACCAGGUGCAGGAGCUAGCCAAGGACUUGUAUCAUCACAAAUCAUUACUAAUUAUGGGACGUGGUUAUAAUUUUGCAACAUGCUUGGAAGGUGCUUUGAAAGUGAAAGAGCUGACGUACAUGCAUAGCGAAGGUAUAAUGGCUGGAGAACUUAAGCAUGGGCCACUAGCACUCAUUGAUGAUCGCAUGCCAGUUAUGAUGAUCGUCCUGCGCGACCCAGUUUAUGUUAAAUGUAUAAAUGCGCUUCAGCAAGUGACCUCGCGUAAAGGUUGUCCUAUCAUCGUUUGUGAGGAAGGCGAUGAAGAGACAAAGUCCUUCUCAUCUCGCUCACUAGAAAUUCCACGAACAGUUGACUGCCUCCAAGGUAUUCUUACAGUCAUUCCAAUGCAAUUACUUUCAUAUCACAUAGCCGUCCUACGUGGUUGCGAUGUCGACUGUCCACGAAAUUUAGCCAAGUCUGUAACCGUGGAGUGAUUUCGACUUCACAUUCAUUUGUAUAUACAUACUACAUAUCGCACACCGUCUUCAAAAUUUGGCAUUUUUGAAAUUAUGCGCUAAAAAUGUGCACAAAGCUUUUAUUUACCUUUCAGCAAAAGCUGGAGCAAAUUUUUGUUAUAAUUUGUUAAAAAAAUAAAAAACCCAAGGUAAAGUCGCCCCUGCCCAUAUGAUUAGCAUAUGCUAAGAAAUAGUUUUUUUGUGACUCUUUUGAAGACGGUGUGCUAUAUGUGCUCUGAAGUCAUGGUUUUGCAGGGUGACUGAUUGCCAUUUUUGCGUGUUGAAUUCAGAAAAGUUAGCAAUUAUGCUCGAUCAGGUCAAGUUUCAAUUCUAUUUAAAAGAGAAAUGGUAUAAGUAAUAAAAAUAGCACUAAUAAGCCUAUCCCAUAAAGUUGACCCUACUUGUAAAUACUACUAAGCAGGAAAUAUACCUGUCCUAUAAUAAAAUUGUAUCCUAAUUCCCAUUUUUGCUAUAUAAUUUUUAUAAUUUUCAGUGGCAGAAUAUUUGAAAAAGAUUCCGAAAAACACCAACAAAUGUUGACAAAAUUCUCCUCCAAAUUCAUUUAAAUUACAUUUAUAAAUGAUGGGUUAGAAUCAUAAGGGUCUAAGUGACAUUUUUUGAAAAUAUAAGUUAUACCCAUAUUUGUAUAGUUAAAUAUAGUAUUUAUUUGGCGACAAAGAGUAAACAUUUUUUGAAUUAGUUAAGUAACCUGCAUUCAAUUAGGCAAGAAUCAUUUCAAAUGAAUUUACCCAGAAUUUACAAUAAGUAAUCAACUUUAACUUUAAUUAUGUUAAAACAAUGUCAGACCUACUUAGAUUCUUUUGAUUCUAACCCCUUCAAAUAUCUUCUUGUUAUAUAGCUUGUCCUUUUGUGCCAGAUAGCAAAAAAAAAAAACAUGAGCUGAUUUAUGUACAAGAAUUCACUAUUUUUUUAUAUCAGCACGGAGCAUUGACUUCAGGCGAAAGCGUAGACCUGUGUAAUUUUUGAUAAUUUUUGUAUGUAAGUACAUAUAUUUUUACUUAUGUACAUAUGUAUUUAUUAAUGAAUUUGUGUAUAUGCAAAUACAUUCUUUUGAUAAAUUUUAAAGCGGGCAAUUUUUUGAAAAUCUCAAGCACUUCCUUUUGGGGCUGUACACUUAAAUUAGCAGUUAGUUUUACAAUAAUACAUAAAUAAAUGAAGAAUUAUGAAAAUC